GUCGUGAAACGUCAUCGGCAUUCGACUGAAUAUCGGCGCGAAACGAGAGGCGAAUGUGUUGACUCUGAUCUCUCGUAGAAGACUAACUUGUUUACCUGCAACCCCUGUCAAGUUUCACCAAGCCCUGUCAUUACCUUGUAUUCCAUGAGUAGCUGACAGGUGAUGACCAUUCAUUUACUAAAGUUUGCUUCUCAGUGUGAUUGAGGUGAGGAUGCAGACCAGUAACACCUGGGAUCCAAAAGCACCAAAUCCUGCUGCCUGCUUUCUUCAGAGGUGUCUGCGAUCUGGGAUAUUGACACAAGAAGCUUUGGAAUGGAAUCAAGUACAGUUUGGAAACUCAGUGCCGUUUGCCCGACGCUUCAAACAGCUGGAUGCAAUUUCAAACACCAUGGCAGAACUUCAGCAGAAAUCUCUGGACAUAAAGUUGUUGCAGCUACAGAAUAAGACAGCAGACAUUACGCACCCCAAGUGUCUGGCUGAGAGAUACAAGUACCUCCAGCUGAUGAACAGCCACCUGGAGAAGAUUGUGCAGGAGAAAAUGAUGCUGAAACAACGACUGGUGAAGCCUGUUCACUGUCAGUGCCUGCCUGUUGAAGCCAAUUGUCACAAACAUGUCUCAGAGCUCCCCACAAGGAUGAUUCAAGUAAUUGAGGAACUUGGCACUAAUCUGCAGUUAAUAAAAUCCAUCCCUCUUUUGCCACAAAAAGUGAGGAUAAUGGAAGAUCUGAUGGAGAUGAUGGCUUCUGAGAUACUGGAGCUGAAGGAAGUGAUGGAAUUUAUUGUGAAAUGGAGGGAGCAGCAGAAGACUGUGAAUUCGGAAUACCUGGACAGGAAAGAUUAAGUUCCUGGCUGGAAUGGCACUUUCACCAGAGAAGCCUGCAGUUUGUGGAAAGAAAUUUUAGAUUUGAAGAUAGGAACUACCAAUGGAUGGGUGCAGGGCAGACGUGAUAGGUGCUUGUGACUGGCUGACUACACAGCUGCAUCCUUGGUGAUGGUUGUGGGAGGUGUCUGGCUCGACACUAGAAACUGUCAGUGCCUGUGGAGGGAGAUGUUAUAGAUGUGGACUUUACACCUUCCCCAGUGUUUUGCCAGCAUUUGCCUCCUCUCACCAGAUGCAAGCUGGUUGGGAGAGUACAGUUCUAUGUGUAGUUACUCUAACACCAACCAGAUAGAUGCCAGAUCGACCACUUUGCCACAAAUACCCACCUGCUUGCUGUCCUUUGCCCGAAAUGCAAUUUCUAGUAGAAUUGCUGUCAGAACUACAAGUACACUCUGAUUUCCUCCAUCAUCGUCCCAAGAAUGGCAAUCAUCUGAAGAGGAACUCGGAACCUCCUGCUGUCCCUUUCUGUCACUGCUCUGGUUUUCUCUGAUCCUGGAUGGAUUGGUAUUGGUUCAUCCGAGGCAGACAAACUAGGAUCAACCAGUGAUGGUUAUUUAAUGACUGCCUCAUGACAUCUCCAAGGUUAGUUUUCACAUAAUCACAAAUCGGCAGAGAUGUCACACGUCUGGAAAUAAAGUUUGGAAUAUUUUGUACCAUUGAUCAUGUUUCACGAUUUACUAUUUAUGUAACAAGUAGGAGCAAUAAUUGGGAGCAGAGGUGAGGCAGUUUUAAUACUGUAUUUUGUGUAAGAUCCCUGACCUGGAACAACCUCCCCUGCAUAUGCAAGUCUGUGGCCUGGUUAAGUGCAGCUGUGUGGGAGCAAAAUGAAAUGAUGCAGAUUUGGUGUUUGAAAUAACAUGAUUUAUUUUUUUUUUAAAACUAGGAGACUAGUCAAAGGGAUCUACUCGAGAAUCAUUUUGGUACAGCUUUUACAUUCUCAGUUGAUGAAAUUAUCAGUAAAACUACAUCUUGAUAAGAGGAAGACAUAAUUAAAUAACCGACUAAGUCCUGAUUACUGAAUAAAAUGAUUACCCACAGGUCUAACAGCAAAAACGAGAUUCUGUUACAACAGUGGGUGCAUAAUUAGUGAAGUUUCUGAAACUUGCUGCUGCAUUUCAUGUCUCUACUUCUAGAAUUUGUCUGUGAUUCCUUGAUACCAUGAUAGCAUAAUCCACACCCCUAUAUGCUAGUUAUUAGCCUUCACUAUUUUUUUCUCUACAACAAGCUGUGAUAAAGCUUCUUGUGUUCACUUCAUCAAAAACAUUUCCAUUGUGUGGGAAUACCACAAUCUCCUCGUAACACCCUGACUUAGGCCAGGGAACUACUUUUUUUCAGCUUUGCUGGUUACUAUCUUGGAACUCCCUCUAACACCACAGUGCAAGUACCUUCAUCUCAAUGAUUACUGUGGCUCAGUGAAGAGCCACUGUAUCCUCACCUGGGAUUGAGGCUUUCCAGCUCUGUGCCCUGGGAGCUAAUGUAUGUGAGCAGUAAAUGAGCUUCUACCCUGAGGAGCUUAGCAUAGCACUUGUAAUUAACUGGAGAUUCUCAGGGAUUGUUGUCAAAGAAUCACUGCCUCCAAAUUUGCAUGAAAUUCUUGAUGUUGCUUAAAUAUUCAGAUUGCUUAUGUUAGAGUCUCCAUCCAGAGUCUAUCAUAAAAUUUGUAUGUGGUGAAUUAAUUUCUUAAGCAUUUGACUAGUCACUGUUAAUGACGAUGAUUUGGAGAUGGCAAAGUAGUUAUCUUCCAUUUGCUUCAGUCAUUGUCCACACACACAGGCCUCACACUGGAGAGCAGAAUACAACCAGAAAAAUUAAUUCAGAGUGUCAUAGGAAUAGUCUCUAUUUUGGCCCUUAUGUUGUACCAAACUAAUUGUAGUAGUACUUGAGCAGGCAGAACCUGUUAGUCCUGGCUUUUAUGCUGCUGUACAGUUUCCUGGAUGGUAGCAGCUGGAACAGUUUGUGGUUGGGGUGACUCGGGUCCCCAAUGAUCCUUCGGGCCCGUUUUACACACCUGCCUUUGUAAAUGUCCUGUAUAGUGGUAAGUUUGUAUCUGCAGAUGCACUAGGUUGUCCACACCACUCUCUGCAGAGUACUACAAUUGAGGGAAGUACAAUUUCCAUACUAGGAGUGAUGCAGCCAGUCAGAUUCUCUCACUCGUGCUCCUAUAGAAAGUUCUCAGAAAUUGUGGGCCCACACCAAACUUCUUCAACCGUCUGAGAUGAAAGAGGCGCUGUUGUGCAUUUUUCACUACACAGCUGAUGUGAGAUCCUCAGUGAUGUUUAUCCCGAGGAACUUAAAGCUGUUCAUCCUUUCAACCCCAGAUCCAUAGGAGUUGGUCUGUCUAAAUUAGAAAUUCUUCCUCUCUUAAACACCCAUAUUGUAUGUGUCUCCACCAUCACUGUUGGCAGCACAUUCCAGGCAGCCCCGGUUUUCCAUGCACUCACCACUCUCUGUGUAAAAAAACUUACCCCUGACAUCUCCUCUGUACCUACUUAAAAACACCUUAAAGCUAUGCCCUCUCGUGCUAGCUAUUACAGCCCUGGGGAAAAGCCUCUCAUUAUCUUGUACAUCUCCAUCAGGUCACCACUCAUCCUCCAUCGCUCCAAGGAGAAAAGACCGAGUUCACUCAACCUAUCCUCAUAAAGCAUGCUCCCCAUUCCAGGUAACAUCCUUGUAAAUCUCCUCUACACCAAUUCUAUGGUUUCCACAUCCUUCCUGUAGUGAGGCGACCAGAAUUGAGCACAGUACCCCAAGUAGGGUCUGACCAGGGUCCUAUAUAGCUGCAACAUUACCUCUCGGCUCUUAAACUCAAUCCCACGAUUGAUGAAGGCCAAUGCACCAUAUGCCUUCUUAACCACAGAGUCAACCUGCGUAGCAGCUUUGUGUGUCUUAUGGACUCAGACCUCAAGAUCCCUCUGAUCUUCCACACUGCCAAGAGUCUUACCAUUAAUACUAUAUUCUGCCAUCAUAUUUGACCUACCAAAAUGAACCACCUCACACUUACCUGGACUGAACUCCAUCUGCCUCUUCUCAGCCCAGUUUUGCAUCCUAUCAAUGUCCCGUUGUACCCUCCGACAGCCCUCCACACUAUCCACAACAUCCCCAACCUUUGCGUCAUCAGCAAAUUUACUAACCCAUCCCUCUACUUCCUCAUCCAGGUCAUUUAUAAAAAUCACAAACAGUACUCUAGAUGGGGCCUAACCACAGUUUUAUAAAACUAACAUACCUUCCUGAAUCUUAAUGUUUUGACUGAUGCCAUGUUCCUCUAUACAUCAGUACUGUUGAGGGUAAUGCAUUUCAUCUGCUGAAGUGUAACACCUCAGUUGGCCAAAUCUUUACACAUGUCUACAGCUUAUAUAAAUCGUACUGUAUUGGUUGGUAAUUAUCUACACAUUAUCAGUGAUCACUCGUAGUCGAGUAUGAUUCUUCUUGCUGGUGGUUGAUCUGGUCACUUGAGCGUCUUGAGAU